AUGCGGCAUGCUCCAGGGGAGUGGAAUUCGCUUUCCGCAGGUCAACGGCCGCCCGUUUCGCCUUUGCAUGAUCGAUCGCGCUCUUCCUCUGAGUUUUGCAAUGCAGCAAUCAGUUCAUAUCCUAAAUUAGGCGGCUUUGGUGUCAUCCACUAGGGCCUAGUGCAAGGCUCCCGCUCCCAUCGGCGUCAUGGCGGAGAGGGAGCAAGGCGCGUCGACUCCGCCCGCUGCAUUCGACCCGGCGCGAGUCGGUCCGCAUUCUCCGCCGCCCGCCUCCGAGGAUCCCGAGGCGGCGGACGCGGGGCGGGUGCGGCUGGUGCAGGUGGAGAUCGCGGGCGCGCGGAGGCUGCUGGCCAAGGACGGCGCGUCGUCCAGCCCCUUCUGCGUCGUGGAGUUCAACGGGCACACGAAGCGCACGCACACAGUGGAGAGGAAUCUCAACCCCGUGUGGGACGAGAAGUUCGUGUUUGCAGUGCCCCUCCCCUCCCCCCUGCCCCCCGCACUCGCGGACCAGGAAGAGCCCGUCCACGUCACUAUCUACACCCCCUCCUCCGCCGCCGCCCCCCUCGUGCCCAUCCGCCUGCACGCCCCCACCCCCGGCAUCCCCCCCUUGGCCUCGGCGCUGCUUACCUGGCUGCCUCUGGAGCGCCGCUCCCUCAUCAACCGCGUGCGCGGCGACCUGCGGUCAGUGGGGCAUGGCUGUCUCCUACCAGGACGUGCCCGCCUCGUCCAUCGACCCUGCCAGCCUGGACGAGUUCGACCAAUGCGAGGCCGACAGUGGCACCUGCCGCCAUCCACGUCCACGUCAUCCCUGGAGGACAGUGAUGGCAUGCCCACUGCCACAUCUCGCGCGCUCUCCCGCCACGGCAGCAGGCGGCCUCCCGCCCCCCCUCCUCUCUCCCCCUCCGCCACCCCCUCCUCCUCGGCCCUCCACACCAUCAUCUCGUCUGACGACUCGGCCCUCCCCUCCGACGCCCUCUCCCCGCUGCUGCCACCCGCCACUGCACCCCGCCCCGCACAGCAAGACCUCACCUUCCCUUCCGAGCACAAGGGGGCGGACAGCAAGGGGGAGGGGGAGGGGAGGGGGAGAGGGAGAGGGGCUGAAGGGGGAUGGGGGGAGGAGGGGGAGGGGGUGCUGGCGCGGAGCACAUUGUGUUUUUCGUGGUGUGACGGUGGGAAGGUCACGGCGCGCACGCGCACCGUACCGGAUGACGUCAACCCCAAGUGGAACCAGGUGUUUGCAAUUGGCCCGUCUCCCAGUUCGUUCUCGCUGGCUGACCCCUCCAGCACGCUUGAGAUAGUGAUAAAAAACGAGAACCGGCUGCUGCGGGACUCCUUCCUGGGCGCUGUCUCGCUGCCAUCGCCUCUCUGCCGCGCCGCCUGCCCUCCGCGCCCCCCGUUGACCCGCGCUGGAUCCGCCUUGACAACAAGGCUGCCGCCGCCCUCCCACCGCUGUUCGCAGCGCUGCGAGGUGCAGGUGGCGGCGUGGAUAGGGGAGCGGUCGGACGAGCUGUUUGGCGAGGCGUGGCAGUGGGACGUGAAGGGCGUGCCGCACCACCGCUCGCGCACGUACCCCUCACCACGCCUCUGGUACCUCAGAGUGCACCCCUGCAAGCUCGAGCACUUCACUACUUCCCGCCUCGCACCCAACCUUGUGGUGCGACUACGAGUGCCCUGCGGCAUGCAGGUGCAGACAGGCCCCGCCACUCACCGAACUCCGUCACUGCCGCCCGGCGCCAGCAGUGUGGGCGGCGGGGCAAGCAACCGCAGUGAGGGGUGGUGCAGUGAUGAGGAGGAAGAUGGGGAGGAAGGUGGGGAGGGUGAGGAGGAGGCAAGGGAGGGUGAAGAGGGUAGCGGGAAGGGGAGAAACAGUGUGGCAGGAGGAGCACAUGCGGUUGUGGCUGCCAGCGCAGGCAGGCCUGCAGUCACGGGGUCAGGGACAGGUAUACCAGGAGGCACAGGAAGUGGUGCGGGCACGGGCGCAAGUGCAAGCCCAGGGUGGAUUCCCCCAAGGCAGCGGUUCGGACACAGGCUUCGUGGCACGCUGAAUGCCCCCGGCAACACUGGCAGCAAGGCGAGCAGCGGCGAUAAUCCCUCGAGCAGCAUUUCAGCGAGCAUCAGCAGCGCCAUGGACAAUCUCAACAGCACGGUGGGCAGCAUCGGCACCACCGUGGGCAACAUUGGCACCACCGUGGGCAACAUUGGCACCACCGUGGGCAACAUCGGCACCACUGUGGGCAGCAUCGGCACCACCGUGGGCAACAUCGGCACCACCGUGGGAAACAUCGGCACCACCGUGGGCAGCAUACGCAGCCUCGGGGGCAGCAUGCGCAUCCCCCCUGUCUUCCAGCUGCGGAAGGGUGCAGAUGGGGUGAAGAUGGGUGCCGAUGGAGUAAAGUUGGGUAAAGAAGGAGUGAAGAGGGGCGUAGAUGGGUUGAAGACGGGUCCAGAGCAGGCAGUGGUCGUGGGAGGGGAGGAGGGGGCGGGGGAGGGCGUGUGGGUGUGGGGCGAGGGCGAGGAGCAGGUGCUGGUGCUGGCGGAGCCGCUCAACGGCCAUCUGCAAGUGCACAUCGUCAACGUCAUCUCGCCCACUUCGGAGGAGGUGGUGGCAUCAGCAGCCGUGCUCAUCUCCUCCAUCCCCACUCGCCUCUCCCUCGACCCCCUCGAACCCAUCUCCAUCGCGCUCCAACCCACCACCACUGCUUCUCUCAACGUUGCAGUGCGCUCGCCCUCUGCUGAGCCUCUCAUCUCUCACUCCUCCAAACCCAACUCCUCCCCCUCCCGGCCCACCUCCUCCCCUAAACCAUCCUCAACCCCCUCUCUCUUCUCCUCCCUCUCCACCUCCUCCCCGCCCUCGCCUCCACCCCCUCCUCGUCCUCCCCCGCCCCCCUCCUCUCCCUCCUUCUCGCUCUAGAGGGCGGCCACCACGUCAUCACCGAGGCCCCCCGCCUCCUCUCCUCCCCGCUCCCCGCCGCCCGCUCGCUCACUCCGCCGCCCAUCGCACGCCUAGAGGUCGGCAUCAUCUCGGCAAAGAACCUGCAGCGGGCAGUGGGCGGGGCGGCGGGGAUGGACGUGUAUGCGGUGGCGCGGUACGGGGGCAUGUGGGCGCGCACGCGCACGGUGAGCGCGGAGAGCAGCCCCGUGUGGCGCGAGCAGUUCAGCUGGCCGGUGUACGAGCUCUGCACCGUGCUCACCAUUGCUGUCUUCGAGAACAAGCAUGCCAAGGGCGUGACGACAUCCACUGACACGCCCCUGGGUCGCAUUCGCAUCCGCCUGAGCUCCAUGGACUCUACGUGCGCCAUCUCCUCGCAGCAGCCGCUGCUCACCCUCACCAAGAAGGGAGUCAAGCAGUUGGGCCACCUGGACCUCGCCUUGCGCCUCUCCCCCGCGCCCGCCACCUCCCUCCCCCGCCUGGCCGCCACCUACAUCCGCCCCUUGCUGCCCCCCGCGCACUACCACUUCCCCAUCCCCGAAUCCCAGGCGCCCCUUCUCCUGCAAGAAGCGGUGGGGCUGGUGUGCGCGCAGCUGGGCGCGUUCGACCCACCUCUACGCGCCGAAGUGGUGCAGUACGUGGGGGAGAGCGACGAGGACGUGCUGUCGGUGCGGCGCCUUAAAGCCAACCUGCAGCGCAUCAAGCUGCUCAGGAGCAGAUUCUCCGCCCUCUCUGCCGGUUUCAAGGCCAUCAAAUCCUGGGAGAGCCUUCCUCUCACCCUUUCCGCCCACCUCGCCUACGCUCUCGCCCUCUUCUAUCCGCAGUUUAUCCUUCCCACCCUCCUCUUCCUCCUCUCUUGGCAGCUGCUCUCCUGCUCCCCCUCUCGCCCCCUCGGCCCCCCCU